AAACUUUGAGAGUAUAAUUUUUGUGAUAAUUUUUGAUUUUAUUUUUUGUGUGGAGGUUUAGAGUUGUAUUUUUAUAAACUGGAUUGAACUUUGAUUGAACUUUGAUUGAAUUUGAAUUGAAUUUGAAUUGAAUUUGAAUUGAGUAUGGGAAGGUUAAGGGCAUCUGAUGUGGCUACACUUUGUGCAGUGUUAUUUGCUGGGGUAUAUGGAGGAACGAGGUUCUUUGAGCCUAUGAUCAUUGAUAAGUUGAGGGAGAUGGAUGCGUUGAGAGAUGAUAUUCCAAUACCAGUUUAUGACAAAGAUGGAAAUCGAGUGAUAGAUUUAGGGCCUACAAUUGUGCCAAAGAAUGUUGAUAAUACUGAUAAUAAUAAGACUAAUAAUACUGACGAGAAAAAUAUAUAAAAAGAUCAAAAAAAAAACAAAGGGAAAAAUUAACUAUAAAAGACACACGAUUGUUUAGUAAAAAACAAAAAUAUAUAAAACAAAAUCCAAUAGUAA